AGACACAUUAGCACUCCCUCCUCCACUGGAGUCCCCAAAAUAUGGCAAAGUGGCUGACAUGAAAAGGGGGGAGUGGAGGGGGGGACGGUCUCUUUACACCAAGAAAACCUUUGAGGAGAGUUGCUGCUCUAUAGACGGUGGAGAGCCCCUUUAAGAGCUGACUUGCAGCUGCAGGAAACGGAGGACAAGAUGAGUUACAUGGAUACUGAUGUUUCCUUAUUGAUUCUGACAAGGCACUCAUUUGUUGAGAGGCGAGACGAUGCCUCAUGGUGUAUGUGGUUUAAGUGAGCGGUCUGACCUCAAAUCAAGGACAGCUGCCAAUUUCAAGCAAUGUGGGCUGCCUUUGUUCUCUUCUAAUUGCUUGUCUGUUGAUGUCAGUAGCGUGGUAUGAGAUGGGCUCAUACACAGACAUGCUGGUCUCCUUUGGUUUCUUUUUACUGCUGCACAUGGCCGAUAAACACUUCCACUCUUACAUUUGCUCCCUUUACCAUGGUGUCAUCCUGUGAUUUUAAUUAUCUCCACACAGUAUUCAAAACACCAUGUCCUCCCGACCUAUAACGAUAGUGUCCUCUGGAAGGAGCACAGAGCUUGACUACAAUGGUAACUUUUUUUGCUUCAUUUCCCAUUACUGUGCUUUAUACGUCUCUGAAAUGCUUCACCACCUGAGUGUGUCCUCUUGUCUUCUGUUAUCAGGGCUGAUGAUGCAUGGCACUCAGCUCCCCUCACAGGCCAAACUCCUGCUGGAAGAGGACAGGGAGUCGGGCAUUGGCUCCACCCUUGAUCUCAGCAGCAGCUUUGAGGGCUACAACCAACAUACCAAUCAGCACUCCAGCAAACCUUCGCUCAGGGAGGCAGGCAGUCUCCCCAAAGAGAAAGACAGCUCUCUUCAAACCACUGCUGCAGAGACUUCGAACAAGAUCAAGCAGCUCCUUAUCAAUCUAUCAAAGAUCCCUCUCCUCCUCGUCCUCCUGUUUUUCUUUGUUUGCUCCUUGGACACGCUGAGCUCUGCCUUCCAGUUAGCAGGGGGCAAAGUGGCAGGGGACAUUUUCCAGGAUAAUGCUGUGCUGUCAAACCCUGUGGCGGGGCUGGUGGUGGGGAUCUUGGUUACUGUGCUGGUUCAGAGCUCAUCAACCUCCACCUCUAUCGUCGUCAGUCUGGUGGCCUCCGGAUUGUUAGAAGUGAGGUCGGCUGUUCCAGUCAUCAUGGGGUCCAAUAUUGGGACUUCAGUAACGAACACCAUAGUUGCCAUGAUGCACGCUGCAGAGAGGACUGAGUUUCAACGUGCCUUCGCUGGGGCAACUAUCCACGACUGCUUCAACUGGCUUUCAGUCCUGGUCCUGUUGCCACUCGAGGUGGUGAGUGGCGUCAUGACCCAGCUGUCACACCUACUAGUCACCAGCUUCAGUCUCCAACCUGGAGAGGAAGCACCUGAGCUGCUUAAGGCCAUCACCGAGCCAGUAACCAAGCUCAUCAUACAGCUAGACAAGUGUGUGAUCACGGGGAUCGCCAUGGGAAAUGAAGACAUGAGGAACAGGAGCCUGGUGAAAGAAUGGUGCCAGACUGAGCUCGUUAUGUCCACAGACAACAGGAGCAGUGAAAGCUGUAGCCCCAAUAAUAACUUGUCACAGCCAUUAAUGAAGUGUAGGCAUUUAUUUGUUUCUACCUCGCUAUCAGACCUCACCGUUGGGCUGAUUCUCCUGGCAGCCUCCAUGGCUGUUCUUUGUACCUGUCUGCUGCUCCUGGUCAAGCUGCUCAACUCUCUUCUUAAAGGCCAAGUAGCAAAGGCCAUCCAUAAAGUUAUCAACACAGACCUGCCAUAUCCAUUUGGAUGGUUGGCAGGAUACAUGGCCAUGCUUGUGGGUGCAGGGGUGACAUUUGUCGUUCAGAGUAGCUCUGUUUUUACAUCAGCCAUGACUCCCCUGGUAGGUAUUGGUGUGAUCAGUCUGGAGCGGGCAUAUCCUCUCACCCUUGGGUCUAACAUUGGCACCACUGCCACGGCCCUGCUGGCAGCUCUGGCCAGUCCCGGCAACAAGCUGGCAGCUGCUAUACAGAUCGCUCUGUGUCACCUCUUCUUCAAUGUCUUUGGCAUCCUACUUUGGUAUCCUCUUCCCUUCAUGCGUCUUCCGAUAAGGAUGGCUUAUGUGCUGGGUGAGCGCACUGCCAAGUACCGCUGGUUUGCAGUCUUGUACCUCCUUCUGUGCUUCUUACUUCUCCCCUCGCUAGUCCUGGGCCUCUCACUGGCCGGCUGGCGGGUAUUGGCUGGUGUUGGGACUCCUUUCCUGGGCGUUACCUUUUUCAUCACCAUGGUAAAUGUGAUGCAGACACGUAGCCCCCGUCACUUGCCCGCCAAGCUUCAGACUUGGGACUUCCUGCCCCAGUGGAUGCACUCUCUCAAACCGCUCGACCGCCUGAUCACAAAGGCAACUGUCUGCUGCAGUUUGUCAUGCAUGGAGCGGCAAGAAGAUGAAGAAAAGGAGCACAUUUCAAAACAGAUAACCUCUGCCAACCCAGAGGAAGAGUCUGACCAGAGGAAGGCACAGCUGGCAUAUAAUAAUCCAGUCCUGGAGUAUCUGGAUGAGAGUAGACCAGGUGUACGGGUACUUAAAUUAAAAGGAUUAGAGAGGUGCAACAGCACUCCCCUGUAACUGUACUGAUAACGGAAGGCUAUUUUGUAAUCCAUCUUGUCAAUAUUAUGGAAAGAAUAGGUUUGAGAAAAGAAAUUUUGUAAUGCUCAGGAAAUAAAAUAGUUUCAGAUUUCUGAUAAUUGCAGAUGUCCUCUCAAAGCCAGGAUAAGUAUGAUAAGCUCUGUGUCAGAUUUUAAUUAAAAAAAUACCAACUGAUAAUCGACUGAGCUCUGCACCUGUUAGUGAAACCAAACUUAUGUUGAUGUAAUUUGGUGUCUCUCAAAACUCAUUAUGAAGAUGGCAAAGUAAUUUUCAUCAUUUCAUAUGAAAACCAUUAGCAGACAGUUUGUCCUUAGUGAUUUUCUGGGGUCAGCUGUUGCUCUCAAGGUCAAAAAUAAAAUUGAUCAACAUAAAAUGAAGCAUGAUUUUGUCUAGGCAUUAAGAGUAACAGUAACAGGGUAGCAGUUUU